AUUGACAACAGUUGCGACAUUGGCUGGUGCAAGCAGCGGAAUUUGGAUGAAAGUUUUUCUUGUGAAAAUCGUGAUUUUCUGGGAUUUCUGUGCAAAAAAAUGGAUGAAAAAGUAGCAGAAGUGAGUGAAGAUGAUGCAGCCGUGGUGGAGGAUGCAAAGUUGGAGAUGGAGAUUAAGAAAUUACGCGAGGAAUUCAAUGGACAACGUGCCAAGAUGCGAGAAUUGUAUUUGCAAAAGGAAGGUGAAUGCAGGAAGCACACGGAGAAGAUUGAGGCCCUUACCAAAGAACUCGACGAGGCAAAGAGUCAACUAAUUGUGGCGGAAUAUCGCAAAGAGAAUGAAAUGCAAAAUCAGGAGCUGAAGGCACAGGAGGAGCUCGCAUCGCUCCGGCAACUUGUGCAGGAGACACUUGAUGAGUCGAGUAGCCUCAAGGAUGACCAUAAGCGUUUCUACGAGGAGUACGAACGCAUCCGGCAGGAGAAUUUCAAUUUAAAAGAAAUGCUCAGCAAUCAGCAGGAAUCACCGAGCCUUGCCCCCGUGCUUAGUCAAGUGAAGAAGAUUGCAAGGAAAUUGGGUGCAGACUCACGGGAUGACACCCUCGAGGAUUCCAUGCGGAAGGUAAACAAAUAUGCUCAGGAGGAUGCUGAAGUCCUGAGGAGUCUUGUUGUACCCCUAGAGGAGGAGAUUAAAGCCCUCAAGGAGAAACUUCGUGCCACAGAUGAGGAACUUCAAUCACUCCGUGGUGGCUCCCAAGUUGACACCUCUUCCGGAAGCCUCCCAAAGGAUGUACAGCCCAAAGGGGACGUGAAAACACUCACUGACAAUCCCUGUGAAAUGUGCAAGAACUACGAAAUGCAACUGGUGCAAGCACAGGAAGACAUUCAACGAGAAAAGAGCAAAACGGAACAAAUUCAGAAGCAGGUGGAACGUCUGAAGGAGGAUUUUGCACGUGAAGGUGCCCUGAGGCGGGAAUUGGAGGCACAGUGGCAGGAGAAGAGGGAACAGCAUAAGAACGAAGUGGCCUCCCUGACGGAGCAUAUGAAGAAAACGGAGGAUUCCUUCGCGCACCUCCAGAGGCACUACAAUGAGAUAAAGGAUGAGAUAAAUCAGGAGCUACUGAAGCUCACGCACGAACGUGAAAGUGUCCACCGGCACUUGGAGUCCCUUCAGCGUGACAAUGACAUUCUAGCUGGGAAAUACUUGGCCACAUCGGAGGAGAUUCAAAAUCAAGAAAUUAACCUUCCGGACACAGUUGAGGAGCUCCAAGAGAUGCUCCUGCAGGUACAUCAGAGUCUCAUUGAGGCACGUGUUGGGUGUGAAUUUGAGCAGACAAAGAGCAUAAGUUUGCGCGAUGAAUCACAACUUUUGCGUGAUCAACUGGAGACCUUCUACAAGGAACGUCAGGCGUAUGAACGUGAAGUUGUGGCGAAUAUUCGUAGCUUGGAACUUCAGCUGAAGGGAUCAACGGCCAAGGAGAGGCACCUCACGACCGUCAAGGAGGAGCUGGAACGCAAAGAGAUGGACUACAAGAAGGAAUCUUCAGAGCUACGGGAGCAAGUUAUUGAUCUCCGGGCACACAAUACCAAAUUGGAGAAAUUGAAUGCAGACUUGAAGGGGAAGGUGACAGAAUUGCAGCAAAAUCUCGCCAAUGGGGAGGCAGUUCAGCAGGAUUUUGUCAGACUCUCCCAGACACUCCAGGUUCAAUUGGAGAGAUUCCGGGUGGAAGAUCAACGGGUACGCUGGCAGGAUGAUGAGGAUGUGGAUCAGUGCACAAACUGCAAGGGCUCAUUCACAGUGACAAAGCGGAAGCAGCACUGUCGGCACUGUGGGGCCAUCUUUUGUGAUAAAUGCCUGAGCAAGAGUGUCCCAUCGGGGCCCCAUAGACGACCAGCGCGUGUCUGUGAUGUCUGCCACACGCUCCUUGUGCAGAAUACAGCGCCAUACUUUAGCAAGGCGCUCCCGCAGACGCCAUAGAAGCACCUCAGCCCCCCCACACAACCACCCUAAUCCUUCCUUGGUGCGUGGGCACGUGAGAGAAAGAGAGAGAUUUUCAUUGUGAUAAACGCUUUGCUCCGAAAUUAUCAAAUACAUUCUAUUGAAAAAAAAAACAAA